AUGCCCGAGGCGGUGCCGUCGGCGUUGCCCCGGACGUUGGCGUUCUCCACGAAGCUGCCCGCGGCCGUGCUGGCCGUGUGGGUGCCGUGGCCGGCGUCGUCGACGGGGGGCGCGGAGGAGUUGACGGCGGCGCUGCCGAACGCGCGCGCGCCGAUGAUCUUGUUGUUGCAGCCGCCGCCGGCGACGGACUUGAACUCGCAGGCGCCCUUCCAGGUCUUGGGGGGCGGGUCGAUGCCGUCGUCGCCGAAGGAGGGGUGGCUGGGGAGGAUGCCCGUGUCGAGGAUCCCGAUGACGACCCCGCGGCCGAAGCCGGAGCGGCUCCAGAAGCCCUCGUUCCCGAGGCGGAGGCCGAGGAAGCCCGGCGAGCGGGUGGUGGCGAGCGGCAGGAAGGCCUCCGGGUAG